AUGGCCCGUGUCAUAACAAGGGCAGCGUCGGCCUCGGUCAGGAAUGGCCCUGGCCGGGCUAUCCAAAGGAGAGCGAAAAGACACAAAGUCAUUAUGGAAUCUGUAACCCAAGAGAAGAAAAAGCUUCGGAGUGUUAUAUGCUUUGAAGCGCAAGCACCAAGCGGUUACACCUUCAUACCUGCAGGAAACCCGAAACUCACUACGACAUGUAAGGAGCGGUGUCGAGAUGAGGGUCUCCAAAUUUACGCAGUAUCCACUACCCCACAUCACCGCCAUCAUAACCUCUCCCAGCAUGUUCAUCGGAUAGGAUAUCAUUUUCCUAGUACUGUGGUAGCAGCUGUUUGCUCAGAGCUGGGGUUCUACCUCACAAGCACUGGCAGAACAGUGCCUAGUACCUUUCCUACGGACAGGAUAGAGAAUCUCAAGCAGGAUGAUUCCGAAGUCUCUCAAACAACCCUCAACAUAGAAGCACGGGACGCCUUAAAGGAUCUUUUUCCCAACAUACCUGACAAAGAUUUGGAUCAAAUUAUCAACACCGCUUUUCAAAAGGGUCAAAAAAAAGUUGGAACAGCGACAGAAUUGCCCUUGGCUCGCCGAGCCCAACUCGCUGUGGUUGCUCACGUUCGGCAUGUCUACACUGACUACGAUCGCCUCCUGAAAACCACUUCAUUCCAUGAAGCAAGAGGGGUCGUUGAACACACAACUCUAGCAAAAGUCAUCGAGUGGCGAGGGGACGAUGAGAAUGGUCAGACGGUGCUAGAAGAUGUUUUCCGUGAGGUGAUCGUUAUCUCAGACGAUGAAGACAGUGAAUCAGAAGAAGAUGCGGCUGCUUCAGCAGGUCAUCGGAAUACCAGUGUGGAGAUACUUCCAAGUGAUACUCGGGCCCAUGAAAUCCGUUGUCAGCCUAUCGACACUAACCCUCUUGGUUCGGAUCUUCCACGAGAACUAUCCGAGGAAGCGCCGCCUGGGUUCCGAUUUGUCACAAGAGCCCCAGCCACAGAGACCAUCAAUCGUCGCGGAUUUAACAGAUACAAGGCAUGGACCCGCGCUGUCAAGGAAUAUAGAGAGGGUGUACAGGGCACUACGCAACCUAGGUUCUCUGGUGUCCCAGCUGAAAAACAAAGCCCACGGUAUGCCGAGCAGCGCAUUACCGUCCAUGAAGUACCCUCUACGGGACGCCAGGAUAUAGUAUCCCAGCACGCCGAGGCUCAUCGGCGAGUCGCUCCAGGCUCAGCCAGUAAUGCUAACCAAGCACAUCGAGUGCUCGCUCUUCCACUAAUGAACCGACAGGUAGUCAAGAGACAUGUAGGUGUCCAGGAAAACUACCCCCACUCGGAUGCGCAACAAAAAUACUCAACACAUGAACUGAACGUCAGGCCAGCUGGACUAAUUAACCAGGAAUCACCCGAGUUGCAAAUCCUAGAAGAACUCUCUGGACCUAGAAAUGUGAGCAUGACCCACUCGCAGGAUGUUGGUCCUUCGAGGAUGGAGGCCAGAUUUCGACAGGAGAGACUGCCUCCUCAGUCGGAUAGGAUCAACGCACCUGUGUUUGUUAGUGGACCAAAGGAAACCCGUCAGAAAUUGAUCCCAGUGGGCCGCCGCCCUGACUCUGUCACUUCCCCUCUUCUCAGGCCAGGUUCAAACACACAGGAUUCCAUCUUGCCCUCGAUUGAAACUACCAGGCCUUUGGAAAUCCGGCGGACUGACGGUGCGCAUCCUUUGGUACACAUGACCAACAAUAUGUCCCUCCGAUCGGUCACGCCAGGACGUCCUCAAGGAGAGACGAUGCAUCACUCCGAUGUCAUCGACAAGGAAGGCGACUGCGAACAAGCGAGCAAAAGAAGACGUUUGGCAUGCCGUGAAGGUUCUCGGGCCGACUCCCGCCUAGACCUAUGGAGUGCAAGGCCUAUGGGACUCCCCGUGUCCGAAGGAUACGGGCAACUGCACUCGUAUCGUCGCGUUGAGCUUGUGCCAGAUCACCGCCCCCAGGAUCAGCCUCAUUUUCGUCGUGACUAUCUGCCAUUGGAACAACCCGCUGUUGUAGGACACCAACGGGAAAGGAACCCGAACCAACUUUCUUAUCCCAAUGCACCGCAUGACCUAGAAACAAGGUCAGUUUUGAGUCGACAGCAUAUCAGCGGACCACACGAGUCUCAGUCUCAGGCUGGGGUUUCCAGUACCAAUAUCAUUGUCUCAGAAGGCGAUCGCGCCUUCAGAGCAGCUCCAGCCGUUUUCAAUUCCGUACCGUGGCAUCCAUACCAUGGUGAUCGUAGUCUUCGUUCGGAACGUGCUCCAAAAGAGCCGCGGGGCAUUCGGCGCCGCCUUGAUGGUGGUCGCCCUUUACCAGAGAACCUCCAGUCAGACAGGAAUCUGUAUGCCGAGGACUUUGUUCGGCAUAUUGAUCAUCGUGAGCUCCCAUUUGAAUACGCUUCCAGGCGCGCAGAAUCCGAGGUCAAGCCCGUUGGAGACCCCUCUCCCUCCACCCGGACUAGACAUCUUGAUUAUGGCACAAAGAAUCUAUCCCAGCCUCAGGUUUUGUCGGAUCAGCGUGGCCCACUGCCCAUAGGAACCCGAGUGGUUCCUUCCCAUGAUCACUUUCGUACCUUUUCAGACUCUGCCAUAGGAAAGAUCCAGCCACACGUGUCCCCCCCUCAGAUCCCUCGUGAAAGACCAGCCAGUGGCGGGUUCAACUCGCGACCAUCUUACAUUCCUCCCUUAUCUCAGAGUACAGAGCAAGAUCGCCCAGUCUACGUUCAAAGAGUUGAACCGCGCCCACCCUACUGUUCUCUCCCUGAUGGAAGACAUGCUGUCUUUGUUGAUUAA